CAGUAUUUGCAACAUUUUUAAAUAUUGGCAUUGAUCACGUUUACAAGAAAUACAAGAGAAGCGAUAUUUGUUUGGAAUAAACUAUAAAAGCAAAAAGAAGAAAAAUAUCCAUAUAUUUUGGUGAGAGAAGAAAUAUUAUUAAAAAGUUGUUGAUCUGUACAACUUGAAGGAUCGAUUUUAUUUGUUCUUGAAGAAAUAUCGGAGGAAUAUGGACAAUCAUCAUAUGACUGUGGCAUGUACAAAAUGUCAUUUUUAGAAAAACGUAAAUCCAGUAAACACCAAGAAAUUCAUACAAGUCAAGAACCAUAUCGCUGUGAUAUCUGUGGUAAAUCAUUGUCUGACAGGAAUAGCUUAACCCGACACAAACGUACUCAUACAGGUGAGAAACCAUAUCACUGUGAUAUCUGUGGUAAAUCAUUCUCUGUUGGCUGUAGCUUAACGAAACACAAACGUAUUCAUACAGGGGAGAAACCACACCACUGUGAUAUCUGUGGUAAAUCAUUCUCUGAUGGAAGUAGCUUAAUUAAACAUAAACGUCUUCAUACAGGGGAGAAACCAUAUUCCUGUGAUAUCUGUGGUAAAUCAUUCUCUGAUGGAAGUAGCUUAAUUAAACACAAACGUCUUCAUACAGGGGAGAAACCAUAUCACUGUGAUAUCUGUGGUAAAUCAUUCUCUGCUGGCAGUAGAUUAACUACACACAAUCUAAUUCAUUUAGGGGAGAAGCCAUAUCACUGUGAUAUCUGUGGCAAAUCAUUCAGUCAGACAGGUAACUUAACUACGCACAAACGUAUUCAUACAGGUGAGAAACCCUAUCACUGUGAUAUCUGUGGUAAAUCAUUCUCUCAAAGCGAUAGCUUAACCCAACACAAACGGGUUCAUACAGGUGAGAAACCAUAUCACUGUGAUAUCUGUGGUAAAUCAUUCUCCAAGGGCAGUAACUUAACUACUCACAGACGGGUUCAUGGAGGGGAGAAAACAUAUCACUGUGAUAUCUGUGGUAAAUCAUUCUCUUAUGGCAGUAGCUUAACUCGACACACACGUAUUCAUACAGGGAAGAAACCAUAUCACUGUGAUACCUGUGGUAAAUCAUUCUAUCAUGAAGGUAACUUAACUACUCACAGACGGGUUCAUGGAGGGGAGAAAACAUAUCACUGUGAUAUCUGUGGUAAAUCAUUCUCUUAUGGCAGUAGCUUAACUCGACACAAACGGGUUCAUACAGGAGAGAAGCCAUAUCACUGUGAUAUCUGUGGUAAAUCAUUCUCUCAUAGCGGUAGCUUAACUCAACACACACGUAUCCAUACAGGAGAGAAACCAUAUACUUGUGAUAUCUGUGGAAGAUCAUUCUCUGAAAACAGCAGCUUAACUAAGCACAAGUGUAUUCAUACAGGGGCGGAACCAUAACCUUGUAAUAUCCGUGGUAAAUCUUUCUCUGAAAGCAGCAGCUUAGCUCGACACAAACGUGUUCAAAUAGGGUAGAAACCAUAUCCCUGUGAUAUCUGUGGUAAGACAUUCUCUGGAAACAGUCACUUAACUAUACACAAAUGCAUUCACACUCAAGAAAAAUCAAUUCACAGUGAUAACUGUGGCAAAUCAUUUAAACAAAAUUAUUCCUGAUUUAAACAGAAGUCUUUCCUUAUGAAGUGGGUCCAUAACACAGUGAUAUUUGUUGUACAACAUUUCCUCAGAAGGACAAAGGACGUAUGUCAUAAAGACAUCCACAGAAUAUAGAAACUAUAUGAAUGUGACAUCUAUGGUAAAUCUUUGACAUGAAAUCAUCCAUUAUUGAAUCAAAAGAGCAUUGACAGGGGAAGGAAAACAUAUCACUGUGAUGUUAAAUCUGAAUCAUUCUUUCAAAAUGGUGAAUUAAUUAUACACAGUCCUGUUAAUAUGAAGAAUAUGCCAUACCCUAAGAUAUCUGAUAAUGAUCAAUUAUAACAUAAAUGAAUUCAAACAGAAGAGGAACCAUAUCACUACGAUGAUGAUGAUCCUCAUCAUUUAACAUUCACUUUUACAUUCUUCUAUGGAUCACAUUGAAUUCAUUGAUACCUUCCCUGUUUCCAAGCAAGGAAAUAUGUUCCCUGGUGAGACAUAUUUUACACAGAAGACUGGAAAUGAACAACUACAGAAGUAUGACGGUCAUGAUGGCCAUUUAUGAACACCACAUAAUAUCUGGACAAGGGUGCACACACACACACACUUAUGUAUGUCUGAAGAUUUUCUUAUAUCUUAUAUGUUUUCUACACAUCUAAUAGUUUGUAAUUCCUAUUAGGAAAUGAAACACAUGUAAUGCUGAAUAAAUAAUA